CCCAACAGCGCCAGCGCAGCAGUCCUGGGACACUUCUAACCAAGCUUUAAACAUAGUUGUGAUGUUUUUAAAUAUUUCACAAUGUCCGAAAUGCUGUUGAAAGAUAUGGAGAGCAUUCCUCUCGUCAAUGUUAAAAUGGCAGAGGAGACGGAAAGCGGACGCAGUUUUCUCCUGGUGGACGAAAACGAAAGCUUGCAGGUGAAGGACGAAAACCGAUUUUUGAAGCGAUUAGGCUGCAGCCCCGCUCAAGGAGUCAAAGUUGUCUCCAUCUUCGGAAACACGGGCGACGGCAAGUCCCAUACCCUCAAUCACAUUAUGUUUGACGGCGAGGAAGUGUUCGCUACGUCUCCUUCCCCGGCCUCCUGCACGGUGGGCGUUUGGGCCGCUUACGAUCCCAACCUGAAUUUAAUAGUGCUGGAUACGGAAGGCCUGCUUGGUGCCUCCAGUCAACAGAACCGCCGGAUGCGUCUGCAGCUGAAGGUACUGGCCGUGUCAGACGUGGCAUUAUAUCGCACACGGGCCGAGAGGUUGCACAACGACAUGUUUCAGUUUCUGGGCAGUGCGUCGGGCGCUUACCUGAAGCACUUUACCCCUGAGCUCCGGGCACUUUCUAACCGAUGUGGGCUGGACGUGCCUCUGUCCACUCUGGGCCCUGCUGUUAUAGUAUUUCAGGAGACCUCUCGGACGCAGCUGUUGGGUCAGGGUGAGUCGGCACUGAGCGAUGGCUCUGUCCCGGGGCAAGCAGACACACUCCUUCAAAAGAUUUUUCACGAUCUGGGCCAGAGCACAGAUGCCUUCAGCUCAGUUCAGUAUGUGGGGACUCAGACCAUCACGCCCCCUACAGACUACUCCCAGUUACUGCACAUAGUCAAUCAGCAGGUGAAAAACACGGCCACACGAGCCCCCCGACAGCCUGGUAUUGUGUUCAGUGCGCUGCAGGCUUUGAGCAACAGGUUCUGUGGAGAGAUCUCGGAUGAUAAAAUCAACAUAUGCUCCUUCUUUCCCGAUGAAUAUUUCACUUGCCCGUCAACGUGUCUCAGCUGCAGUGUGCGGUGUAAGAAUGGCAUGAACCACCAGAAAGAUGGCAUCCCUCACAUGGCUGAUGGACUGUGUCAGUAUGCCCACCAAUACAACAAUAAAGUUCUCAUCUGCAAGAGGUGCUAUGAGGGUGGAAGGGAAGUGAUUGUUGUGCCCAAAACAUCAGCCUCUUCAGAAAACCAAUGGAUUGGUCUGGCCAAGUAUGCAUGGUCUGGUUAUGUUUUAGAGUGUGCCAACUGUGGCAUCAUCUUCCGCAGCAGACAGUACUGGAUGGGCAACCAGGACCCAGAGAGCAGCGUAGUGCGGCCGGAGGUUAAGCACGUGUGGCAGGGGACUGACACCUUCCAGACGGACCAUCAGAAUGCUGCUCAGAGGGUUUUGGAUGGCAUGAAUUAUAUCAUCCAGUCAGUGUCUGAAUACAGUGCAGGCCCCACUAAAGCCGUGACUGCCUGGCUUACAGAUCAAGUGGCUCCUCCAUAUUGGAAACCCAAUGCUGAAAUCAUUAAAUGUAACGGCUGUAAUAGAAAGUUUGAGGAGGCGGAGAGGAAACAUCACUGUCGGGCGUGUGGCGAGGGUUUCUGUCAGGCCUGCUCAACACACAGCAUGCCCGUGCCUGAGAGGGGUUGGGGCGGGACCCCUGUCAGAGUGUGUGAUACCUGUUACCAGCAGGGAGGAGCGCCACAUGCUGGACAGGUUGCACAGAUGGAACCUCGAGCCCUCGUCGCCCGCAGAGUCACUGAAGUAGCUCAAUCAACUCUUGAUAUGGUCUCUACCGCAGUAGAUUACCCCCUCUGUUUGAUGAAAGGAGUUGCGAGGCCAGAAUAUUGGAUCCCCGAUCAUGAGAUCAGUCAGUGCCAAUGUUGCAAUAAGACCUUCACCCCCAGCAUGUCAAAGCACCACUGCAGGGCAUGCGGUCAGGGAGUGUGCAGCAAGUGCUCCACAAAAACCAGGCCCGUGCCAUCUCGUGGCUGGGACCACCCGGUGCGGGUGUGCGACAGCUGUGCAGACCGCACAGAUCCCCUUUGAUUUCUCCGUGCUCUGCAGAGCCCGCCGUACCUGUGCAGCAGCGAUAAGCCCUUUAUUUACAGUUCGGUCCUUGUACAGCUGCUGCUUGGUGUUCAGAACCGGUUUGAAGGGAAGCAGGGAACACUCUGGAGGCUUAAAUUGAGUAUGAAACUAAUGCAGGACAACUAAGAAUCAAGUUUUAACGCGUGUUGUUUAUUGCUGGCACUGAGAUUACUGUAUGUGUAUAUACAAUGUAAAAAAAAAUCCCAAAGAUUACAUUUAUCAUCCUUAAACAAUACAAUUUAAGUCAUUGAAUUUCGAAUCACAAGGCCAAACAGAAAUACAAUUCCUGUUUUAUGUUUACUUAUAUUGACCACAGCAAAAUGAUAUUCGAGAGCUGAAGCAAAUAGAAAAUAUUUGUAUGUUGUUAUUGUAUAGCUUUAUAAGAUUUGAAAUAUAGCACAGGAUGAUGUUGUACCCUUUUGCUUUUAUCCACCACACAGUAUGUUGCCAGUCAACAGUGUGCAAAUAACCACAUAUUAGUUGUAAAUAGUGACAGAAUUCAUCAUUUUUGGGUAAACUAACCAUUAAGCAUAUCAACUACGUUGCAAUUUAUCAUAGUAAGAUAAUUUGGUACUUUUACUUUAUUAUAGAUACAUAAAUAAUAAGCCUUUGAAUAUGAGACAGCAAAGUUGCUAUUCAUUAAUGCAGUUUUAUACUUUAUUUCAGGAACAGGAAUAUGUGUAGUGAUUAUUAUUAUUCAAUUUAGUUGCAGUGAUUUUUACAUUCAGAUUUCACAUUCCAGUUGAUUUACAGUUUAUCCUGUGAGCACAUAUCUCAAUAGUACUUCAAUACUGAGGACUUUUGCAUUUCUUGAAUUGAUGACUGCACUUUAUCUAAUCUGUUGUGUUGUGGUCGGAUAUUUUUCUUUAGUUGAGAGCUGUAUUAUUACAGAACGAUGCAACUGUACGUGUAAUGUUGUGUAUAAAUAUGUAUGAAAUGAUUCAGCUGAAUUUCCUGUGCCUGAGAGAUCUCAACCACUAUCUAACAUGUUAACUUGUAGCGUCGCAUUACUUCUGGAAGUGGGUGUGCGGAUGUUUAAUGUAGAUUAAACACACUCAAAUCUAAAUGCUGAUGACUCGAGUCAUCACAACAGAAAUAUUCUGUAAUCUUGAUAUGUAUAGCCACCUCGUGUUUAUCCUCAUAUAAGGGCUUUCAUAAUGCACUUUAUUCAUUUUUUCAUGUUUGAUUUGGAUUGAUUGAAUCCUAUUUUUUUUACAAUUCUACUCCUACUUUGUACUUUUUAAUCUGAAUUACACCGUUUUAGUCUUCUGUGAAGGAAUUUAACCAGAGAAAUGGUUUUAAUACAUUAACUGAAUCUGCAUUUGACAAUCCUUGUAGUCUUGUUUUGAACGGCCAAUACGGUUUCUUCGGCUUUUCAGAACAUUAAAACUUUUAAAAACAA